CGGGGGGCUCGUCAGGCUGCGUGGUGACAGGGGUGCUGCUUGCCGCCGCCCUCGGGGUUUGUGUAAGGCGGCGGGCCACAUUGUAUGUCAUACCGGGAAACCUCCUGCUGCGGAGAGCUGAGAAGGGGGAAGCACGCCGUCCUUGUCCCUUCGGCCGCUCGUUUGAGGUCUGCAGCUACAGUGCUCUUUACUCGUGGUAUUGAAAAGGAGGUGGUGCCUGUCUGGGCUUCUUCCCAGUGAAUGAGCAUCUUCGGGUAUCGGAUCUUCUUGGGCUGGGAAGCGUUGGUGGCGAAACGAGAGGCGUGCAAACUGAUCGUGUCCCAAUUUCUUUGGAGAAGAAAAACCUUAAGAUGGCAGGCAAAGGAAGUAACACAGACUGUAUGUCAUGCAGUGUUCUGAACUGGGAGCAGGUCAGCCGUCUGCAUGAGGUUCUUACAGAGGUGGUUCCGAUCCAUGGACGAGGUAACUUCCCAACGCUGAAGAUAACUCUGAAGGACAUUGUUCAGACUGUGCGGAGUAGGUUGAGUGAAGCAGGCAUUGUGGUACAUGAUGUCCGUCUGAAUGGCUCUGCAGCUGGUCAUGUCCUAGUCAAGGAUAAUGGGCUGGGAUGCAAAGACCUGGAUCUCAUUUUUCAAGUUUCUCUUCCAAAUGAGGCAGAGUUUCAGUUAGUUCGAGAUGUGGUGUUGAGAUCCCUCUUGAACUUCUUGCCAGAAGGAGUAAGCAAGCUGAAAAUCAGUCCAGUAACACUGAAGGAAGCCUACAUCCAGAAGCUAGUCAAAGUGUACACAGAGUCUGACCGUUGGAGCUUGAUAUCACUUUCCAACAAACAUGGGAGGAAUGUGGAGCUGAAAUUUGUAGACUGUAUACGACGGCAGUUUGAGUUCAGUGUGGACUCCUUCCAAAUCAUACUAGACUCCCUGCUCUUUUACUAUGACUACUCGGAGACCCCCAUGUCAGAGCAUUUCCAUCCAACUGUGAUCGGGGAGAGCAUGUAUGGAGACUUUGAAGCAGCGUUUGAUCACCUCCAGAACAAGCUGAUAGCUACCAAAAAUCCUGAAGAGAUCCGAGGUGGUGGGCUUCUAAAGUAUAGUAACCUCUUGGUGCGAGACUUCAGGCCCAUGGAUAAGGAUGAGAUCAAAACAUUAGAGCGUUACAUGUGCUCCCGAUUUUUCAUAGACUUCCCAGACAUCCUGGAUCAGCAGCGCAAGCUAGAGACCUACCUCCAGAACCACUUCUCCAAGGAAGAGAGGAGUAAAUAUGACUACCUCAUGAUUCUGCGCAGGGUGGUGAACGAGAGCACGGUCUGUCUCAUGGGACAUGAGCGAAGGCAGACACUCAACUUGAUUUCUCUGCUAGCACUCAAAGUACUGGCAGAACAAAACAUCAUCCCUAAUGCCACUAAUGUUACCUGUUAUUACCAGCCAGCACCUUAUGUUAGUGAUGUAAACUUCAGCAACUACUAUCUUGCAAGUGCUCCUGUGCCAUACAGCCAGCCCUACCCUACUUGGUUGCCUUGCAAUUGAUCAUUUCACUUGAGCAUUCUUGAGUGAAAGCUACUGAAGGCCAAGAUGUUGAGUGUAUGUAGAGAAGAGGAAACUGUCACUUUUGAGAUUUUUCUAAUGGAAACAUGACUGUAUGUCACUGUCCCUUUCCUGGUGUGCAGUAGGAAUAUGCAACCAGGUGACCUGCUAUGAACCUUUCAGUACAUCUCUAUGAAUGCCAAGAAGCCUUAUUACCUCUUCAUUUGGAGAAGAGAACCAGGAGCCAACUUAAGAGGAGUAGCUACAAAACGUAGUAGUAGUUCUGGAAAUGGCUAUUAACAUGUCAUCUAAGAGUAUUCAAUAAACUAGGUUAGUUAAUAAAGGAAAGACUAAAAUAUCUUGAGCAGAAUCUACUCCUGGAAUAACAGCAAAACUCUGCUUUCUAUUGCCUAACCUCAUUACUCUACACUUCCUCAAUUCAAGUUCUGGCCAAUUUUCUAUUGAACUAAUUGUGCAAGAGUGGGCUUGUGUUGUGCUUGGGCUGCUUCUACAUUUUUAGCUGUGUAGAACUGGUAACCGUAUGGAUACUGUCUGUCUUGUAGAGGGCCUAAAUGUAGUUUCCUUUAAUAUAUAUGGUCCUGCUGUAAGUUCAAGAUUAAUUUAUUGCAAGUUGAAAUGGAUUAGUAAAUCUAUCUCAAGCAUAAGCUGGCCAAAUUUUUCUUGAGUACAAAAAUUUGGAAGGUGGCAUCUCUAAAUAUGCACCAAAAAGGGAUCUAAAACUUGCUAAUGUGGAAAGUCCUUGAAAUGAGGAAUUGAAGCUGUAAGUAGAAUUGGAACCACGGUUUGAGUACUUCAGAUGGACAAAUACUUAAGUCCAGGCUCAAGAUAAAGCCUUUUUGAUGUCAUCUUUUGAAACAAUUAUUGGCACAGUUGGAAAGUAGUGCAGCUCUUGCACUGAGGUUUGGCCCAACUUUCUUCCUCACAGGUCUACAGCAGGCAAAAAACCCCACAAAAAACCCACAGCCCUCCCAAUAAAAAAAAAAAACCACUAAGUUGCAGGACAACACGCACUCCUGCCACAGUAUAAAUUCCUAAAGUGCCUCCUUAAAUGAAUUUAUUCUUGUACAACUUCAGGCAGGUCCUGAAGGCUUGUUUACCUGUCACUGUUAAAAGGGUUGAGUUUACUGGUUUUUCACUAUCACCUGGUCACUGUAUGAAAUGGUAUUUUGAGUGGUUAGAGUAAAAUCCUUCCUCUUUACUAGUCUUAACCUUCACUUGAAGAGGUAUAUAAACCCUAAGCAGAGUUCUCCACAGAGGAUGUAUGUGGUUAAAGUCUGCCCCCUUGGAAGAAGAGGGGCUGACCUUCCUGAAGGAUGGGGGCUGAACUUGCUGCUUUGAAAUUCCUGUGCUUUUAUAAGGAAGGUUAUAAAGUCCCCAAUUAUCUAUAUAGUGGUACAAGGUACUAGUAUAUUAACUGGAUGAUUUUCACUGAAUUGCAAUAGUAAAAUACAUAUAGCAAAUGAUCUUGAAUCUCCUUUGCUUAACCAGUUAAUUAGACUAGAAAGACAAAUCUUAGAGUUAUGUAAUAUGUACUGGUGCAAUGUUUAAGAAUACUUGUUUGCUAAGCCUUUUUUAUGAUUUCUAGCUGUCUCUGCAAGCUUGUGAGACUAAAGUGCCUGAUCAAACAAAUUAUUUAAACUUAGAAGGUAAAGCAGAAAGGAAAUAAAGCACCAAUGUAUGGUUGCUAUUCAAGGUGGAAAACAGUAGCAGUACAGCACUUAAACGGCAGAAAUACCCUGCCUGUUCCUUAUAGGACCAAAACCUAGUUAUGUUGCAAGUUUUCUCAUUUUCUUAACUACUUCAUAAAGAUUGCCUCAGUAGAGCAGUGAGGCUCAGACGUCAUUUUGCUUAAAAAGGCAGGGAGGGAUACAAGCUAGAAAGCAGAUUGUUGCCAAGCAUGCUCUAGCUUAAUUUUUUAACAGCCUUGUAAGCAAGUUCAGUAGUAAACAGACAAAUAAUUUGGUUUUUUCUGUUGCAUUUUUUCAUUAAAGGCUUCCUGAAUAGUCAGCCAAAGUAGCUAAACUUGAAAGUGAACCCAGCCGUUUUAUUAGCUGUGGCUUGGACUUGAUGUAGCUUACAGACAAGACAUCUCUCACCCAAGGCUUUGAGAAUUUGGAAGGCUUUUUAAAAACUAACAUGUCAGUGUUAUCAUGGGUGUUAAACUUAGUGCAGGGUUACUGAUGGAAUGCAAACCUAGGCAUGAUUAACUUCUGCAUGCAAGACAGUAUUUGGCUUAGUAUAAGUGUCACUAGAAGAAGGAAGUAUUUUGCUUAGGAGUUUGUAAUUGCUAUGAUCUCUUAAAUAGCUGUUUUUAAAGCCGACCUAAGCUAUACCCAUUGCAGAAGUAAACCAGUGCCUCGAGGGACAUGCUUGGUUUGCAUAUCAAAUAGCUUGGAGUCAUCUGCUUGUCUUGUACAGAUCAUGGCUGAUCUCUGGAAACUGUUACUGUGCAUUCAGCUCAUGUGGAAGAAGUGGUCUGAUGCUCAGGAGGAGUCCUCACAAGCUUGAAGUAGACAGACUUAUGUUUUGCUAGUUUUUGAAUGCCUUGGCUGCUGCACGUCAGGCCAGGUGCAUCUGUUGGAAAAGGGGGUGAUAGAAAAAAAAAAGGAUCUAAUGUAUUCCUGCUGAGAUAGAGCUAUGGAGAAUUUAAGGUUUCUGCCAUCAGUAUUGUGCUUUUGCUAAUGUAACUUACUGCUGAGGCCUCUAAGAAAGUUUUAUGUUGAAGGGCCAAAUUCCUGGGUUUAAGCUGUGCAGGACUGCUGUGUUCCCUGCCUGCUUCUUAAAUUGCUCUAACAUAUUAGAAAUAUUGAUGCUUUGUAGCCUGGAUGCUAAACUUUUGAAUGGUUAAACUGUAUCCUGAAGCUGCAUGCCACCUACUGCAUUGGCCCUACUGUAUAAGAGAUUGCUGGGACACUAUUUGUCUCAUUGCCUUCAAAAUAAUCCUGACUCGGCAAGUAGAGCUAGAAUACUGAGUAGCUUUUAAUCACUAUUGCCAGCUGUCUGCUCCUUCCUGGUUCAAGUUGUCUUAGCAGACUGAUGUUGCAUGUGGCAGGGGCUUGAUUUGGUUGUAUGUGCUGACUGGUUCAAGUCACUCCCUGUAGUAAACAGUAACCAGUGCUAGGUUAAAAGUGAUGAUACUCAUCUAGGCUGCCUGUCUGAUUCAGUCUCCUGUCAGUACUUACUGAUGCCUCUGCAAACCAGCUCUAUCCUCUGUUGCUCACUUGUGUGUCAAGUGGAGGUUAGAGAGAGACUACUAUGCUUCAGGCUGUUACCCUGACACAUUCCCUCUGGGCAGUGGUGUGGAAACAAAGCUGCAGUAACACUAGACUGCCAGUCUUCUAUCAGUGCAUCAUUCCUCAGGACCGGGCUUCUAGUAAACUAGACUGUGGUUUAAAGUAGCUGUUUUCUUCCUGUAGCUUAAAAGCUUUGCUGGGUUAAGCAGCAGUUGUCAAUAUUUAUUGCCAAGGUCCCCUUCCUUGACUUACAGUUUAUUGCUGGGACUUCCUCACUGUAAGAUAGAUUUUUUUAUUUGAUAAAGAUGCUACCAAGGAGACCUAGUAAUAGGCUGGGGUUUUAGUAAUUUUGGUAAAAUCCCUAUUUUGAUCCAUGGUCACUCUGAAAAGCUCUAAGGUAAAGUAUACUUCAUGCUCCCUUGGAUCAAGAUUUUGUUGUUGCUGUGUUUGUCUUCAGCUAAUUUAGUCAAUCACCAAGCUGGGGCAUUGAAGACUACUGCUUGUAUUUGAGUAACCAUUUUUCAAAAGUUCCUCAUGCUUGGAAACUAAACUUGUCUACAAAACAGUAGAUAGUAUUGAAAUCUAGUCCAGAUACCUAAAGCUUAUUGAAACUUAAAGAUUCAUAUUUUGGCAUUUAGUUCUGAGAUUAUGCAUUUGGUAUGUUUUGUGCCUGGGCUUUGUGGGUUUCUGAUCACUAGGAUAACUACUAAUGUUGGUAGUGAUCUCUGCUUAUAACUGAGUGCUUAGAAAAAGGCCUCUAACAAGAGAACUUGGGAACAUUGCUUCAAUUCUAAGCUGUACUGACAGCACUUGUUUACUGUCCCUCUCAUUCAAUUCAUUUAAUCAAGGUGCCAUAAUUGUGAGGCAUGGGAAUAAGGAGUAGGUUGACUGUAGUCACUAGCAAUGUGGUCUAAUCUGGGCAUUGGGAGAGCCAAAUGAAUGCUAAUAUUUCUGGCCUUUGCAUCCAAGUCUUAGCCAACCAUUUGUUAAAUAUGGUGAAGUGUUUUUCAUAUAAGUUCUUUAAUUUCAGUGAAACUAGUUAGAAGGUGAGAUGCUGAGCUAUAGUUGUAGAAGCUUUGGGAGGAAUGAUUGGAGCAGUCUUUUUUCUCUUGGAAGAGAAGGCCACUCACUGAAGUGUCUGGAUAGGUCUUAUCUCUUUCUGAUUAAAAUUGCACUUUCUGUUGAAAUUUAAAAGGCCUUUUUUCCUAUGUUUUAUCAUCUUUUAUUUUUUACUAUUAAAAGAAGUCAGCUCUUGGAAAAUCUGUCUCAUACCUCUUUGGAAGAAGCGAGUCCUUUUUUUUUUUUUUAAGCUGGCAAAAAAAGGUACUAGAAAUAUUUGGAUUUGUGAUAAGCCCAAAUGUGAGACUGGUCAGAAGUUAACUGUCUACUGUUCUGCACUGUGGUGUUCACUUGUCAUUCUUGGAAACUGGGUUUUGGACCUUGGUGAUUCUGAAAAUUCUUGUGCAAAUAAACUUAUGCUAAACAUU